AUGGCGACCUCCACCGAGCAGUAUCGUCAAUACCCACCAGCGCCGGCGAAUUAUCCGGCGCAAGAGCAUUAUCAGAAGCAAUAUCAACCUACUGCCCCGGCUUCACCACACAAAACUUCGCAGAACCCGCCUGCUCACAACCGAACCUUCAGCUUUCAUUCUCAAAAGUCGCAUAAGAGCUCUGGUAGCAAGGACUUACACGAAACCCACGCAGAGAAGGAAGCGAAGCGUUUGCAUAGCACAGCGGAUCCUACUUUUGCUUUGAACGAAGCAGAGCCUUCCGCCGAAGCCGCCAUGAUUACCGAGUCGAGUUACGCUCCACUACGAUCUAUGCAACACAAAGACCAUUAUGGCAAUUCUAUCGAGGAUCCCGACAAAUCGAACCCGACACGAAACAGAUGGGAGCGUCCCUUAGACACUAUUCGAAGUUUCGAGGCUGCGAUCGACGGGGGGUACUCGCGCAAAUCUCUUUACCGAGCAGAAACAGACUCGCAAGCCAACUGGAAUAAGCGUAACAGCUCGUUUAGCAACCAGCCACGAUUCCCCCGUGAUAGCUACUACAACAGCCGUCCAGUUUCGCUUAGGCCGGAGGGCAAUCAAUACGAUUCGGGGUCCCGAAGCAACUAUUUCGAUGGUCAGGCUUACAGCAACGGUUACGGCACUGGUCCAUCGCGGCAACGAAUGUCUAGGAUGCAAUCAGAGCCGCAAUACCAGAACGGUCAUGACCAAGCCAUAUAUCCCCUGCCUCACAAGGAUCGAUCCUAUGAGACCGUGACUUCUGCUGGGGGCAGCGGCAAUUCAGACCACGCAGGUUAUCAGACAGACCCUACGAGUAGCGACAACAGCUCGAUUGAUCGGACAAUGCCGGCUAAGCGCCGCGAGCCUUUUAACGAGCAUGCGUCAGGUUCCUCCCAACCUCAGCCAGGAUAUCAGUCACGCCCUUACCCAGCUCCCGGUGCGAACGGAUAUGGAGGAAAUCCUCAAAUGCCACCACCUUCUCAUGCGCAACCUACUCCGGCGCAUGAUCAGGCUUCGUUGCCAGCUCAGAAGCAGAAGAACACUCUUUUGAGGAGAACUUCCACGCAACAAUCAGCACAACAACCCCAGCAAACAGCUGGCGGGGACAAGCGCAAGAGUUGGUUUUCUCGUAGGUUCAGUAAAAACUCUUGA